AUGAAUCCAGAAAUAUCCCACGGCUCGCCGAGCCCAACAGCUUCCACCAUUUUCCUGCCCCUCGGCCGCCCUCCGCGCAGGGGCUCACGCGCCUCAGACUCAGAACCGAUAGAUCGCGAAACAUUGAACGAAGCCCUAGAUAACAUACAUAACGCUGCAUAUCAGUCUACCUCCUUGACCGUAUUCAACGAGUAUACUUCUCCACCAGAUGCCUCGCUUGCAACCGAGAAGCCAGGGAUUGCGGAAGAGUUGCAAGGAAGCUUGAGUGGUCUGUACAGCAAGUUCAAGGCAUCGGUAGAGGGCGCGAAAGACUUUAUAUCCUCUUCCAAUAGGAUCUCUGAUGAAUCGAUACCGUAUGGGGAAGGUCUUCCCAGUAGAAACGUUAUUUCGGGUACCUCCUCACCAUCAACCAAGCCUGUCUCUCAAAGUCCUCGAAUACCUCAAGCGUUGCAUGUAGUCGAACCUGGCCAUGAGAAUCUCCCAUCCAUCUCUCGUCAGCAGUCUAGGCUGCACUCACCUGUUGUUCCCUCUUUUGAAGCCGCCCAGAAAGAUGGCGUGCCCACACUAUCAAAAGGGUCUUCCAAGGCCGGAAGUGUGAUGUCAAAGGCUUCAGGGCCUGAGACCCCCAUCUUGAGGUCUCCAGCGGCGCAGAUGUCAAGGGAUGUCGUUUCGUUGGCGGUCGAUCCCACCGUGGCCGAAAUCAAACUGAACGCGGUUCGAGAACCUGUCUCGCAGAUCCAACCAGUUGAGCACCAAGGCAGCGCCUCAAGCAAUUCUUAUGAUUUUGAUGGGGAUCUGCAGAUUACAAUGCAGCAUAGCCAGCACAAUGAUGCUUCUUCAAAUCACACGAAAAGCGCUAGAACACAAAGCUUUUCGCAACAUCAGCUCACCUCGUCCAAGCUUGCUCCUAGCUCUCCAAUGCAAUACCAGCACGAUCUCUCGCUUAUAUCUCAUGAUCAGGAGAAAGCGACGAGUUUGGUGAGUUCUAUGACAGCCCAAAAGUCAUUGAGAUCUCAGACAGCGAUAGGAGCAGCAGGCAGUCUGUCUAUAUCCUCUGCUGAUGAUGCUGUCGAACAGUCCAGGAACGGUACUAAGAAAGUCUCCGGUAUUGCUUCUCGUGGUCAAACGUCCUCGCAAACAAGAGCAGAUGCUCUUAGGCUACUUGAGGGUGAUGCACUCCAAGAUUUGACAAAAUCUCCCGACUCAAAGCAUGAUGUGAAAUCACCUCAGUCUCCCGCCAGUCCUUCGGUAAGACCUGCAGAGAAAUUGCUUCCUAGGGUCAGCACUUCGAAGCUGCCUGGAUUUAACCUUGCACGAAUAUCAUCUUCCAACUCGACCUCAACCGAAACAAGUCGAGCGGACUCCAAGAAUAGAACCCAGGUAGAGGCCCUCGAUGGUGCUGUAGACGCCGACCAAGGUGUGCGACAGGCUCCCAAGAUUGUCGUCAACAAGCUUAGAAGUAAGCUUCUUAGCAGAGAGUUUUGGAUGCGGGACGAAAACGCCAAAGAUUGCUUCCACUGCGGAGAACCAUUUUCCACAUUUCGCAGAAAACAUCACUGCCGUACUUGUGGGCAAAUAUUUGAUAACAAAUGCACUAUCCUUAUCGGAGGGUCUCAGUUUGGCUCAAAUAGCUCUGUCCGCGUGUGCAAGCCCUGUGAAGCAAUUAUCAAUGCUCAUGAACAUGAUUCUUCCGACUAUUCUAUGGAGGAUUUCUCUCGAUCGAGUCCCACAGCAAUACGUCCACAAACGCCAAUAGCUCAAAAAGAGCUGAAUGGGACACCGCUUGUCGAUGAUGAUGCUGCAUCAAUUAUCUCUCAAUCCCUAGAACAAGUCAGGAAGACACCGACCAUGAACUUUCCUGUUCGUAGAGCAGUUGACAGCCGCAACCGAAGAUCAGCUAUUCUUGAGUUCGACGCGGACGACAGGCCGCUGGCUCGGCCUAGCUCAUCAAGAUCACUAAAGACCUCUCACACGAUUGGCCAUGGUCACAAAAGACACUAUUCAAGACAUCAACAUAUUCGCAAUUUUAAGGCAUAUCACGAAGAUCGUGCUCCAUUCCAACGGAGGUUGGCGGAUGAUCUUCCCAAGGAUGCGCAGCAAUCAGCUUUCCACCAUGAUAACAUUAUAGACCCAGACCUGGCGCAAUAUUUGUCCGAUGACGCUUCCAGCGAAGAUGACCAACCAAACAUCUUGGAAGUUAGCGAGGGCAAGCUGUCAAGAAGUGUGCCUGAAGGUGAGAGGGCUUCAUUUGGAGGACUCCUUGCCGCGGUCAGAAAAGGCCGAUCACGUUUGGCGGAAAGAAGUGUGGCUAGCCUUUUGAACUCUGCUGGGGGAGAUGAUGCUAGUAUCAUAAGUUCACGCGGAAACCUCUCUCGGCCUAUUCGAAAACGCAAUCUGAGCACAGCAAGCAGUGUUCAUGUGCGACUUUCACCCAAUUUGCACAAGGAAGACACGACUUAUGACCUGGCCGGUUCGCGUUUGCCGAGCGGCUCGCGGAUGACUCGAAGUGCCUCUAUGCGAGGCGCAGGGGCUCCACCGGUCGAGCUGAAUCAGGCCAGUUUACAGCACGUCCGCAGACUCCUCCAACAACUCUUGAAUGAUGCAAAUGUGCCCCGUCCUUCCAGUUGGGAGACUGCCCUAGUACCUAUACUUCUUAAAGCCACAGACACCGUCGACCCGGACGUGCAACGUGGAGACGACAUUGAUAUCAGACAUUACGUCAAAAUCAAGAAAAUACCCGGUGGUAGGCCAGGGGACACGUCCUAUAUAUCUGGACUCGUCUUUACGAAGAACUUAGCGCUCAAGAGCAUGCCAAGAAGCAUUCAGCAACCGAGAAUUCUGAUUAUCACUUUCGCUUUGGAAUACGCCCGUCACGAGCAACAUUUUAUGAGCCUGGAACCUGUCAUACGUCAAGAGCGCGAAUAUCUGGAAAACCUUGUUGGUCGCAUUGCUGCUCAGAAACCCCAAUUGCUGCUCGUGGAACGCCACGUUUCAGGAAUGGCUCUAGAGCUGCUUGAAAAGGCUAAUAUAGCGACGGCCUUUAACGUCAAGCCCACAGUUCUGGAAGCAGUCUCCCGAUGCACGCAGACGCGAAUCAUUCAUUCAAUGGACAAAUUGGCUAUGAAGCCUGGUCAGACUGGAGUUUGCGAAAGUUUUGACGUCAAAACCUACGUCUUUAACGGAAAACGAAAGACAUACAUGCAUCUCUCUGGGUGCCCACCGCAACUCGGGUGCACCAUCAUCCUUCGGGGUACUGAAAGCAAUAUUCUGUCCAAGAUCAAACGUAUUACCGAGUUUAUGGUAUAUGUGGUUUACAACUUGAAGCUUGAGACCUCUCUUAUGCGUGAUGAAUUUGCUCUUAUACCUUCAGUGUCUGCGAAUGGAACGAUUUCCCCACGCAAAUAUCUGGGAAGCAAUGACAAUGCACACAAGCCCAUGAGCACUCUCAAUGCUGUUAACGAGCGUCUGCACGCGCACACCGCGCCUCAUGAUGAGAAGCCACCGGGGAAAGACCAGCAAUCUGUGACUUCUAUCUCUAAUUCCAAUCCAACGGGUAGCGCUGAAACUGCUGAGAUCCCAGAUGACAUUCCUGUUCCAACCUUUUACGAGGAUUUGGUUGAGAAACAUCAAACGAAAAUACUUUCCGCAUCGCCAUUUGUCAAAUUUAUGCAGCCGUAUUUGUUGAUGCGAGCUCGUGAACUCGAGCGAAGGGUCGCCUACUUGAAGCGCCUGCGUGAUCAAGAUCUUUCGAUCGAGCAAUCAGCUGAAGAAAAGGCUAAAGCCCAAAGGUUUACUCUGAUCCGUCCGGAAAUGGUCCAUACUUCAUUGAUCGGGGCCGGGGCCAAAGUCAGAGAGAUUUUACAUGUGGUACAUGAUACGGAGUACGACAAGGCUUUGCAUAACUAUGAGACGCAGAAGCGUCAGUGGGAAACAUAUCUUUCAGGCAACAGAAAUCUUUUCGAUCCAUAUGCUCACCAAAACAUCGUCGUUCUGUUCAGUCAGGUGUCUACGGCUACAUCGGUACCUUGCUCUGGUCCUGACCUUUUGGCUUUUGGCUUUUACAACGAACAUGAAAGCGACGAGCAGUUUGAGCCGGAUUGUACCCUUGGCCAAUACGUUGAGGACCUCUGCUACCGUGCAAACGACGUUUGUCAGUCCAGUGCAUGCGAUAGGAAGAUGUACGACCACCACAGGCAGUAUGUCCAUGGCGAGGCUCAAGUGAGUGUGUUUGUGCAGCCUUUUCCGGCGAAGAUGCGUGGCAUGCAAGACAUCAUCUUGAUGUGGAGUCAGUGCAAGAUUUGUGGAAAUGAAACGCCUACAAUCCCAAUGUCAGCUAAUUCUUGGAAGUACUCUUUCGGCAAAUACUUGGAACUCUCAUUCUUGAGUGCGGAUCUUCACGCAAGAGCUGGUCUUUGUCCUCAUGACCUCCACCGUGAUCACCUUCGUUACUUUGGCUACAAGGACUUUGCCCUCCGUAUUCACUACGAUGCGAUUAGCCUUCUGGAGGUCGUUGUACCCAGAAUGCGUAUCACUUGGAAAGUUGACAAUGAUCUAACAUUUCGAAACGAGGUUUAUGUCAAAUCAGAGCGUCGACUGAAUAGGUUCAUGGUGUCAGUCAAAUCACGACUUAAGGGCAUCAACUUACAGGCAGUGUUGCCAGAGAAGGCAGAAGCAUGCAAGCAAGAAAUUGAGAGGUUGACUAAGCGCGCUAACGAGGAGCAUUUGGCAUUGGUCAAGCAGUUGCAAGACAACUAUUCAAAUUCUCGACACUGGGAAACGAUACCACUCAAUCAGUCAAUUCGAUCCAUGCAAGAGAAGGUAGCUGAAUGGGACAAUACAUUCGCCGAAUUUGAAAGGGACUUCUUUCCGUCCGAAAAAGAUAUUCGCAGGCUUGCCACUUUGCAGCUAAAGAAGAUUUUCUUAGAUAGAGACGUGUCGGUGACCUCAUUAACAUCAACGGACGAGGGAAUUGCCACACCCCGAUCGGAGACAUCAUUGGAGGAGAAGGGAGAUGAUGCAGAGGACGUACAUCCACCUUUGAGGCCACGAAAGAUGACCCACCUAUCGCCGGAAAAGACGCAGAGUGUGCUUCAAUCAGUCGUGGAGGAGCAUUCAGGUGCAGUGCCAGAAAGUCUAGAGUCAAGCCAGGGCUCUCUAUCUAUGAAUGAGAAGCGGGGCCCUCAAGAAGCACAAAGCGCCGUGGAUCAGACAAAUCACGAGAACGUUCGUCAUCUGGAUUUGGCAAUCUCAUCCGUCAUGCCUGAUCACCAUGUUCCUACGGAGCUUGACCCAUCUCAGGGUGACACAGGCAGCAAGCAUUUGCAAGAAGGUGCAAAAGCUAGUAACCAAGUGUCUACACCUUUUGGUGGUACGCAUUCUUGCGGAGGUAGCAGCAGUGAAUACAAUGACAAGCCUUUAGGUGCCCCAGCCAAUCCAAUUCUCAAUGCUCCCUCCAGCAUACCUAGGGCUACUGAUACUUUAGCUAAGAAAGAAGGGGCUAGCAGACCAAGUGUUCCUCCUCUUUUGCGUGCACAGACACAGCCUGCCGCGAUCCUCAAUGCUGCUGCUGAGAACAGUCGUGUAGAAAGUGGCACUCUCUUGGCAAUACAAGCCACACAAGGCUUUGGCUCUAAACUCAUCAACAAGGAAGACAUGUCGCUUGUUGGAAACGAGCCAAUGGUCAAGGCUGCGGACAAGAAAGUACCUGAACGAUUUGGACUCAGCCAACUCAAAGGCAGCAAGCUUGGAAAGGGUCAAUCGUUGAUCCCACGAUCAGUUGCUCUGCGGAAAGAUUCGCGGGUGUCAAAUCUUGCUAAGCACUUCGAACAAUUGAGCCGAGAGUUCGAGAAAGAACGAAUUCGUGAGCGAAGGCAACGUGCCGCACGUAAUAGGAAUUCUCGCAUCUAUCCGCUGGCAUCCUCCAGGCCGAUUGUGGAGGUCUAUAAAUCCGUGGACGACGCUGUGGAAAGCAAAGACGCAAGCGAGGAGAGCCUGAUGUCCAAUGAUCGGCAGACGAGUGAACAGGGUGAGAUGUCUGGCAGCACGUCCGGGCUCGCAGAGACUGUGCCAUCCGCCAAGUCUGAAGACUCCACGACUCACGGCGAGGACACUGCCACCGAGACCAUUGAAACCGAGACAGAGAUGCAUGAUGCCAGCCAUGCCCCGUCGGAUGGUGAGGAGGAGAAUAGUGAUACAGAUCCCGCACUUAAUCAUGUUCAAAUUCCUGAGUCUCCAGAAGACCUCGCCAAGCUUUCGCCGGAAGAUCUUGAUUUAAAGGAACUUCCAAAGCACGAACGGACAUCUCUGAUGAAGAUGUUGACGAAUUUCUGGGCGGAACGGUCUUCGAGUGGAUGGACGCCACUAGAUUAUCCCCUGACCCCAGCAGAUCAUGUUUUUGCCGAUUGCGACAUUAUUAUACGAGAAGAUGAACCAAGCUCGGUCAUCGCCUUUGCACUUGAUUCCGACGACUAUAGAUCGAAGCUGGGCGACAUUCAGGAGCACCGUGAUGGAUUGACGGAGCUAGAUGGACCUGGUGGUGUGAGGACCGAAGAAGGGCAAGCUGAUGUCAUGCAUUCCCUGCUGCGAAAGACCGGAACGCACCUAAGAUAUCAAUUUCAGGAAGGGCCGGCCAAGAUGUUAUGCAAGAUCUUCUAUGCAGAGCAAUUUGAUGCUGUUCGAAGAAAGUGCGGCGUCUCUGAUCGUAUCGUCGAAUCACUGUCUCGCUGCAUGAAGUGGGACUCGAAAGGGGGCAAGACGAAGUCAUUGUUCCUCAAGACACUCGACGAUCGAUUUGUGCUCAAGUCUUUGUCACCAAUCGAGACCCAAGCGUUCCUCAAAUUUGCGCCAAACUAUUUCCAAAUCAUGUCCGAGGCGUUCUUUCAUGAGCUACCAUCUGUCAUCGCGAAGAUGCUUGGCUUCUACCAGGUCAUCAUCAAGAACCCUGUGACUGGGGUAGAAUGCAAUUGGUUCUUGCUUAUCAUGGAAAAUCUCUUUUAUGAUAGAGUCCCGACGCGCAUCUUCGAUUUGAAGGGCUCUAUGCGGAAUCGUCGCAUCCAGAGCACUGGAGAGCGUAACGAGGUCCUCCUUGAUGAAAACAUGGUCGAAUUCAUUUACGAGUCGCCAUUGUUUGCCAGAGAGCAUUCGAAAAGGCUACUCAAGACGUCGGUUUAUAACGAUACCUUAUUCUUGGCCAAGCAGAACGUCAUGGACUACAGUCUAAUGGUCGCAAUAGAUGAGAAUCGCAAGGAGAUUGUUGUUGGCAUUAUUGACUGUAUCCGAACCUAUACAUGGGAUAAGAAACUGGAGUCAUGGAUCAAAGAUAGGGGAUUUGCUGGUGGGAACAAGAAUCGGCCGACGGUGACGAGCCCUAAGGAAUACAAGAAGCGCUUUCGGGAGGCGAUGGACCGGUAUGUUCUGGAGGCGCCCAACUGCUGGCAUCAGUUCAAGCCCGUCCAUUUGGAAAGGCGAAGAGGUCGAGUUGAUACUAAUAGCAACCAGAAAGAAUUCAACAUGGACAAGGCGUUAACGGAAGUUGCCACAUUCGGAAUCUGA